AUGUUGUGUCACGCGGCCGCCUUCACGAAGGAGGCGCGGACCGGCGCCCUGCAUAUCCCCGAGAAGAUCCUCGGCGGCGUCAUGGAGAUCGUGCACAACCACAAGAACAAGCCCCUCGCCUACCAGUACGGCCAGGCCAACCAGCUGCAGGGGCAGUUCCAGCUGCAGGGCCAGGGGCAGUACGCCAGUGGCUACCAGCACGGCUACAACCAGGCCAGCCUCGCUAACCAGGGCCAGAACUACCCGCAGGGCUUCAGCCAGGCGCAACCGGGGCAGUACCCGAGCGGCCUCAAUGCUCAGGCCACGGGCCAGUACCAACUGGGUGGAGGCCUCGCCUGGAAUCAGAACAACAACCAGUACCAGGGAAACCCAGCGCAGCAGUUCCCGGCCAACCAGGUGCAAGGUCAAAACGUCAACCAGGGCGCCCAGUACCAAGGGGGGCAGGGAGGUCAAAGUGGACAGAAUCAGUAUCAAACCGGUCAAUUGAGCCAAAACGGACAGUUUGGUCAAAAUCAAAAUGGACAGCUCGCUCAAAAUCAAAAUGGCCAAUUCAAUCAAAACGGGCAGUUUAGCCAAAAUGUAAAUGGACAAUUCAAUCAAAAUGGCCAAUUCGCUCAAAACCAGAACGGCCAAUUCGCUCAAAACCAGAAUGGCCAGAUCGCUCAAAACCAAAACGGCCAAUUUGGUCAAAACCAAAACGGGCAAUACCAGAAUCAAUAUCAAAACGGAUUCGGGCAGAACUAUCAGACGGGUGGGCAGUACCAGGGACAGUUCGGUCAGGUGGGGAGCGGCCAGGGCCCGGCGUGCGUGUGCAACCCCUGGACCAAACCCCAGGGUGAGAUGAUCGACCCGGUACAACUCAAACAGGAAAUGGUUACUAUAGAGUAA